CAAACUGCAGCCUCCUACGGUGGAUGGCGCUGUGACGAGAAUCCAGGGUCCUAAACCUGCGGUGCUGAAACUGCAGCUUCCGCUGUUGCGUCUAGGCUGCCAGAAGAAAAAGAAACGGAGUAAACACUGAAGAACUUUACAGCUGAAGAAGAACAAGAAUGUCUUCAGCGGAGAGGUUUAGAGGUUUCGUCAACCAGCGGCUAACUGCUGCAGCUGAGGAAAUAUGGGACGUUUUUUCAACAGCUGUCGUCGAGUACGAGGCAGAGAUCAACCGUCAGCGCAGAAUGCUGGAUAUCGUCUGGAAACCUCACAUCCACUUACACAGAAUAGAUGUCCCACAGCAACAUGUGUGUAAGGAGGAGGAGGUUGUGGCUGAGCAGCAGCUCUGCCACCAGGAGAGGAAGUCCAGUCAGGACCAGGUGGAGCCAGAGCCUCCACAGAUUAAAGAGGAGCAGGAGAGAGAGCAGCUCAAACAGGAGGAGACUGACACGUUGAUGCUGACUCCUACUCAGGAGGAAAGUGAGCACAGAGAAGCAGAUGGACAACAUGAACUCCAGCUCCUUUCUUACAACUCUCAUGUUGCUGAGAAUCAAGAUCCCAAAGAGAAUAAGCAGAAAGACUCAGAGAUAGCUGGAAAAUCAGAACCAGGACAAGAGAGAGACAGAAAACACACCAGUGAGAGGCUGCAUUCAUGUGAAGUAUGUGGAAAACAGUUUAAACAGAACUGUAUGUUUCAACAACACAUGAGAUCACACACAGGUGACAAGCCUUUCUCCUGCAGCACCUGUGGAAAAAGAUUCUGUCAGAAAGCCCAUUUGAAUAAUCACAUUCUUACUCACACAGGUAGAAAGGCGUACACCUGUGGUACCUGUGGAAGAUCAUUCACACUGAAACAUAAUUUGAAAACACACUUAACUAUCCAUACGACUGAAAAACCACAUACCUGCACAAUUUGCAACAAAUCUUUUGGAAGUAAACUUUAUUUGAAAGCUCACAUGAGAUCACACACAGGUGAGAAGCCUUACACCUGCAGAACCUGUGGAAAGAGAUUCUUUCAGAAAUUACGUUUGAAUGCUCACAUUCUUACUCACACAGGUACAAAGCCUUACACUUGUGAUACCUGUGGAACAUCAUUCACACGGAAAGAUCAUUUGAAUCAGCACUUAACUAUCCAUACAGGUGAAAAACCACAUACCUGCACAAUUUGCAACAAAUCUUUUAGACUGAAAGGUAUUUUGACAUACCACAUGAGAACACACACAGAUAUAAAGCCUUACACCUGUGGUACCUGUGGGAGAUCAUUUACAAUGAAAUCUAUUUUGGAUAGGCACGUCAAAAUCCACACAGGUGAAAAACCAUAUACCUGCACAAUUUGCAACAAAUCUUUUAUACAAAAACCUAAUUUUACAGUCCACAUGAGACGACACAAAGAUCCAAAGCCUGUCACCAGUGUAACCUCUGGAACAUCAUUCACUUUGGACCAUCACUUAAAAAUCCAUACAGGUGACAAACCACAUACCUGCACAAUUUGCAACAGAUCUUACAUACAAAAAGGUCAUUUGAAAGUCCACAUGAAAACACACACAGGUGAGAAGCCAUACUCCUGCAGCACCUGUGGAAAAAGAUUCUAUCAGAAAUGGCAUUUGAAUGCUCACAUUCGUACUCACGCAGAUACAAAGCCAUACACCUGUGGUACCUGUGGGACAUCAUUUAAAAGGAAAUAUCAUUUGGAUAAGCAUUUAACUAUCCAUACAGGUGAAAAACCACAUACCUGCUCAAUUUGCAACAAAUCUUUUCGACUUAAAUAUAAUUUAUCAGGCCACAUGAAAACACACAGGCGAAAAGCCUUACACCUGUGAUACCUGUGGGAAAUCAUUCACACAGGAAAUCGUUUGGAUAGGCACGUCAAAAUCUAUACAGGUGAAAAUCCACACACCUGCACAAUUUGCACCAAGUCUUUUAGACUUCAGUAUAGCUUGGCACACCACAUGAAAACACACAGGUGAGAAGCCUUACACCUGUGGUACCUGUGGAAGAUCAUUUACCAGGAACUAUCAUUUGGACAGGCACCUAAACGUCCAUACAGACAGUAAUGCGUAAACUUCCUCAACAUGUGGUAGGUUUCUCAGAAUUGGUGCUGACUUGAUGGUUGAUGAGAGAAGAACUGACACUGCUGAGGAGCUGUACCUUUGAUAUCUGAGAUCUGCUAGAAAAGAGACUUUGACUCCUCUACUUCAGCAUGACUAGUGUUAGGUCAUGUUACUGUUAAUGUUACUUGUUAUGUUACCAGAUUAGUGCCAUCAAAAACAUUCCUGCAUUACAUAGUGAGAAAAGUAACACGUGAAGCCCAGUUCAGACAAAAGUUUCAUGACACAACCAGACAGAACAGCUCCAGUCAGACCAGCUGAUGUUGUUGUCAGUUUCAGCUCGUCUGGUUGUAAAUCUUUGUUCUGAUCUGGGAUUUAGUGUACUUUUGCAAUACUGAAGAUUGAAACGUUUUUGUGACUUGCUACACUGUGUAUCUCUGUGCAGCUUCAUGUACAGCUCAUUCUCUGCAGUUUAAUAACAAUAAUAACCUUUACAGUUCUUCAUUUCAGUAACAUGACAGCAAACUUGGAUGAGAGGUAUACCGAAAACAAUACAGCACAAGCUUUUACACUUCCUUCAUGUUGAUUUUUUUCUUUUAUUUAUUUACCAUCUAACAUGUUUUUCCACACAGUAAAUGUUCUGUCUGAAAUCACACCAGUUAAAUCAGCUGACUGCUCAUGCACACUGACAGCUGUAUGUUUACCUUUGGCUGGUACACAGCUAUGUGCUGACAAGUUAGAGAGAAACAGAAACUGUGCAUGUGCUUUGAGGUAGAUUUGCACUUUUAAUGACAAUGAAAAUAAAAACAAGUUGUUACAUUAAUGAAUGUCUUAAAUUUAAAAAAAUAGUUAAAUUACUUGAAAUUCAAGACUGUUGUAACAAUAAAGUUUUGUGAGUUCUCUAAUGGUUUCACUUGAGGAGAGUUAUUCUGCUGCCUGUCUUUGUCAAGUCUUUGAGGGUGUUUUGACCAAGUGGUCUGGUUCAGAUCAGUUCAGUACUGUAGUUAUUUGAUAAUAACCUGAUUUUUAAGGAAGCUGUUUUCUUUGAAGCACAUAGUGAAAGAUAUAUAUUUUUAUUUACUUGUUGAAAAUUGUUUACCACUUAAAAUUUGUCAUGCUGUUCAGUAUCUUAUACUCCU